UUAAGGAAUCUGAUGGAGGACAAGUCAAGAAACAAAAGAUAGAACAAGCUAGGGCAAAGUUAAUCAAGAACCCAAGGAAAUAACAGAUUUCUAAAAGAAAAGUUAAAGUUAGAGGUUCAAGCGUUGGAAAAGUCCGAAAGCCAGCACUUCACCAUGAGUACCUUUGGCUACCGCGGGGAGCUGAAGAAGUACGAGGAGGUGGAUGAAGACGAGCUCCUGGCCACGCUGUCCUCUGAGGAGCUCCAGGAGCUUGAGAGGGAGCUGGCUGACCUCGACCCUGACGAUAACAUCCCCAUUGGCCUCAGACAAAAAGACCAGACCGCCAAAAUCCCAACCGGGACGUUUGACAGGGAUGCUCUGCUGAAGUACUGGGACGAUGAGAACAAGAAGCAGCUGGAAGAUGAAAAGGUGGAAUCCAACCCUGGACAGGAGAGACAUACAGAUAAGAGCAGGGGGAUGGUGACCACCAGCAAGGCCUGCAAGACUCUGGAGAGCGACAGGAAGAAGAUUUCACACAAGGGGAAGAAAGUGGGGAAGAGUGUUUUGGGCAAAAAUGACACAAAAGAAGAUCAAGUGGAAAAGAAAGAUGAGUGUAAAAAAGAGGUUUUGCGAGGGAGUAAUAUUGUACAGAAGAAUGGCCUGUCAAAAGGCUCGAGGAGUGAACCCAGAGCAACUGAAACCUCAAGCCAGAACCUGGAUGUGAUCCCUGAAAGACCCAGUGGGAACCCCAUUGUUAUCGACAAAGCUCUGGAGCAGGUUCUGAGUGAUGACUCUGCAAUGACGGAGGUCAACCUCAAUAACAUUGAAGACAUCUCUCAGGAUACCUUGCUACGUUUUGCGGAGGCCUUGUGCACAAACACUCAUGUCAACGUUUUCAGCCUUGCCAACACCCGUGCUGAUGACCGGGUUGCCUUCGCAGUCUCUAAGAUGCUCUGUGAGAAUCACUCCAUCAGAAACCUCAACAUUGAGUCCAACUUCAUAUCUGGUCAGGGCAUCCUGGCUCUGCUGGCGGCGCUGAAGCACAACAGGACACUGGUUGAACUCCGCUUCCACAACCAGAGGCACAUCUGUGGGGGGAAGGUGGAGAUGCAGAUGGUCCAGCUGCUGAGAGAAAACACCACUCUGCUUAAGCUUGGCUACCAGUUUGAGCUCCCGGGCCCGAGGAUGACGGCAACUGGCAUUCUGACGCGCAACCAGGACCAACAGCGGCAGAGGAGGCUCCAACAGAGGAAGGAGCAGAGCCCUACAGAGGUGCCCGGGCAGGGUGGUGAUUCAACAGCAGGAAACAAACCACCUAAAAAACCGUCACAUCACAAAGUUGAAAAUCAGAAAAAAACCCCUCUUCUAUCUCAAGAUCCACCAACAAGGAAGAUCGCUGAAAUGGUAAAACAGCAUGAAUGCUCAAACAGCACAAAGGUCCAGAUAAAUCAGAGGAAACCUAAGUUGAAGAAGCUCAAGAACGGCGCAAACGAAAAAGAGAGUUCAGAUAUUCUAAAAGACCUGAAGAACUCCUUGAAGCCAUCGAUGCAGAAGAGACGAGACGAAUCCUCCCGCCUGCCGCCCCCUCAGAGGUCAAGUCGUGAUGAUCUGAUGGCAGCGAUCCGUGGGAGCAGCAUCAGUUCCUUAAAAAGGGUGGAUAUGUCACAGACCUGAACUGCCUGAUUGAUCACACCUAAACUGUUGUCACCUGAUAUUGAAAUAUUUCAUUUUUGUUUCACACUAAAUGUCACUUUUUAACAGUAUUUGGUUAACCUUGGCACAUGAUGUAGCAGCAGACUGAGUUUCUGUAUGUUUCAUGUAUCAUUGUUGUAUUUUGUUACUGUGUGUGAAAUGUUCUGUGAAUAUAGAUGUGUAGGGAAAUAAACUUUAAAUUCAGA